GUCUCUUCAGGUGGUACCUGCGGAUGCUGCAAUGCUACCGGUGCAGGCAGUGGUUCCAUGAGGCCUGCACCCAGUGCCUCAAUGAGCCCAUGAUGUUCGGAGACCGGUUCUACCUGUUCUUCUGCUCCGUGUGUAACCAGGGCCCAGAGUACAUCGAGAGGCUGCCCCUGCGAUGGGUGGAUGUGGUUCACCUGGCCCUCUACAACCUGGGAGUGCAGAGCAAGAAGAAGUACUUUGACUUUGAGGAGAUUCUGGCCUUUGUCAACCACCACUGGGAGCUCCUGCAGCUUGGCAAGCUCACCAGCACCCCUGUGACGGAUCGAGGACCACAUCUCCUCAACGCCCUGAACAGUUACAAAAGCCGGUUCCUCUGCGGCAAGGAGAUCAAGAAGAAGAAGUGCAUCUUCCGCCUGCGCAUCCGUGUCCCGCCCAACCCGCCAGGGAAGCUGCUGCCUGACAAAGGCCUGGUGCUGAGUGAGAACGGCACCUCCUCUGAGCUGCGUAAGAGAGGAAAGAGCAAGCCUGGUUUGUUGCCUCACGAAUUCCAGCAGCAGAAAAGGCGAGUUUAUAGAAGAAAAAGAUCAAAGUUUUUGCUGGAAGAUGCUAUUCCCAGUAGUGACUUCACCUCGGCCUGGAGCACCAACCACCACCUCGCCAGCAUAUUUGACUUCACUUUGGAUGAAAUUCAGAGUUUAAAAAGCGCCAGCUCCGGCCAGACAUUCUUCUCAGAUGUGGACUCCACCGACGCCGCCAGCACCUCUGGCUCUGCCUCCACCAGCCUCUCCUAUGACUCCAGACGGACAGUGGGCAGCCGCAAGAGGAAGCUGGCAGCCAAAGCCUACAUGCCACUGCGGGCAAAGCGGCGGGCGGCCGAGCCAGGCGGACGCUGCCCCUCGGACAGCAGUGCAGAGGGGGCUUCAGGCCCUGAGCGGCCAGACGAAGGCAUUGACAGCCACACAUUUGAGAGCAUCAGUGAAGAUGACUCAUCUUUGUCCCACCUCAAGUCAUCUAUCACUAACUACUUUGGUGCGGCUGGGCGGUUGGCCUGUGGGGAAAAGUACCAGGUGCUGGCUCGGAGGAUCACACCUGAGGGCAAGGUUCAGUACCUGGUGGAGUGGGAAGGGACCACCCCUUACUGACUAGCCCUCAGAGGAUGCCAGGAGCCCUGGAAACCAAAGGAGGGACAGCGGAAGCCAUAGGUUCCCCAGUUUUCUCCAGACUGGGGUGGGGGAGGGAAGCAGGGCAGAGCUAAGUGCCUGGCUAAAAGCCCUGCCUGCCAUCCAGGCCAAGGACGAGGCCAAGGCCUGUGCCUCUCUGCUGUGCCACUUUUGCUCUGGGGCUUCCUCAGGCUCUUCACCCCUUUGCCUGUGUCUCUAAGGUCCCUCUGGCUAUUUUUCAGUUUGUACACACUCCACAGCCCCUCAAUCUCUGUUUAGCUGUUCUGAAUUUGUGUCCCCUCUGGUCCUGAUCGUUUCUCCUGAGGCCCAAAUCUUUGUGUCUUUGUCCCCAAUUCUGUGUCCCUUUACCUCUUUCACCCCUUUUGGGUGUGUCUGUGUUUACACAUCCUACAUGUGCACAUCUGUCCCUCCACUGGAUACCCUUUGUGCCUGACCAUGGCACAGCCAGUCCCCCCAGGGACUACAUUAUGAGAACGGGAACCUUCAAGAGAGAAUGGGUGAAGGUGGAAAGAGGACACCUUUCAGAGCUUUUCUCUCGCACUUUCCUGUCACUUUCCUCUGCUACGGUGGAGGUGGGAGAAGGCCUCUGUGAAAGCCUGUGUGGCAGAGACCCUGGGACUCUCGGGAUCUGAAGAGUGAAGAGUGGGGUCUCUGCCUCAGAAGGCACCAGUAUCAGGGCCCAGUUACAAAGGCUGAGUGAAGGCUGUGGGUAUGGGUGUGAGCUUUGGAGGUUCCAGUUUUCCUUUCCUUGGCCACACCCCCUCUUGGUUGCCAUGGAGCUGAGUCUGGCCUUGCUGGAAUGGAAGCAUCCUUGAAAACCUGGGGGACUGGGAGGGAGGGAGUGGUGGGAAGGGAAGCUGUGUCAUGCUAACCCUGACUGUUUCCUGUGCCUCCCACCCCCAGACCCACCACACACAGCCAAACAGUACACAGCCACUGACACAUAAGCUCCCACCCAUGUGUGUGCUUUCAUCUUCCAGGCACACACACAUCUCCACACAACCACACCACCAUCCAUCCACACACACACAGUCACACAUGCAGAGCCACAAGUUCCCUCUGAGGCCAGCCUGGCUCCUGCCUUUGGCUUUCCCUUGGCCCUCUUCCAGGGGCCAUGCAACUAAAUGUGAAAGCCCAGCUCCUGGCUCCUUCUUUCAGACCAUGAACGAGCUGUGGCCCCAUAGUGAGGCACAAGGAACUCAUACCCUCUUCCAUGUCCUCUGCCCUGUCCUGCCCUGAAGUGACAAACCACUUUUUGGGAUAGGUUGGGGUUUUCCCCUUUCCUCACAAGGAAGCCUUUGUCAGUGAGGGUAUAAACAAUUCUUAGAACCGACAUUCAAACUCAGCCCCCCUUAUGGAGGGAAACCAAAAUUGGGAGGGAGGGAGCCCCUCAUUUUUGCUGCUUCCAGAGAUAUUAGAAACUGACUCACUUGAUUGGAAAAUGGAAAGAAGUGCCUUGACUGGAAGGCAGGGGCACCAGAUGGGGACCAGCCUUGCCAACUGCUGCUGUUGCCUCCAGCUUGGCUGGGUUUUGCAGGCCGCCAGCUGGAAGGCGAAGGUGGGCAGAACAAUGACAGGCAGCAGCAGGGGCAGCAGGCCUGAGGAGCUGGUUUUUCCAUUACAGUGCCUGACUCCCUUCCCUACCUGUGAGCAUUCAGGGGGUCCCUGAGAGUUUAGAUGCCCCCCGCCUUAAACCUCACCUCCUACAGUGCCUUUCAAAGGGACCUUACCUCCUGUGCAUGGCUCACCCACGUCCCUAUGCUUUCCUGGCAGGGCCCAGGCAGGGAUGAGCUGGCAUUGGGCCCAAUUCUCCCCGUUCUCAGCACCAUAGCUGCUGCCACUAAGGCCCAGACUGGGGCCAGGUAGAAGGGGAGCUGAGAGGCCAGCCCCCAGCCCAGCAGGGUGUGGGAUCUGGGAUCCAAUCUGUGGCUUCCUGCCUGGCUUUAGAGAGCACAGCAACCUCCCAGGAGUGCUUUCCAGGCCUGAGAAAGCCCCAGAUGAGCAAGACCCAUUACAGUACAUCGCACAUUCCCUACUUGGGGCUCCAGAGAGGCUCUGGGUGAAAGGAGGGGGAAGGGGGUGUCUUCCCCACUUGGGAAGUCAGCACAAGGCCUAACAAGGUCACCCUGACUCCCCAUCCCAGCAUUUCAUUCGUACCAGAUAAUAGCUGCAUUACUGCCAACUGACCUUGUAACCCUGUGCACCUUCUAAAAGAUUCAUGGUUUUGAAUUGCUGCUUUUAAUAACAUUUGUUAUAUUAAAGUUAUAAUUAAUGUGUCGGAUUUAUAA